GGUCUAAGAUGAACCAGAUCAACAGUGUUGUGCAGGCUGGCCUCCACCUUACAGCGUCCAUCCCAUCACUCUCCCCGUCCUUGGCACUCUCCUCCCCGUGUCUUGCUUUAGCGCCACUGAGCCACCUGUUGCAGUAACACCCCUUUAACUGUCACAAAGAACCAAAGAUCGAAACGGGUGAAGGAGUGUAGUGGUGCUUGCGCGGUGAUGUAAACAAGUGGUGGUGUGAGGUACGUUGUGUGAAGUGAAGAUAUGGUGCGUUACUGAUGGUCUGGUGUGGGUAUCUAAACCUGUGGCGUUAGUUGCCCACAUCCCGGAUUACUGCACUAGCCAACGUCAUUAUCAACCUUGUUAACACGACAAAUCAACAUCAGUUGGUAGUGGGUGAGCGCCAGGUAACCUGGUAGUGCCUCUUUAAAAAGUAUAUUUUGUACAAGAGAGAAGCUCAGGAGAGCCAAAACAGCGACAAAAUUACGCAGGAAGCUUUCAUCUCGCCAAUAUUUACGAGGAGCGAGCAGGGUAACUGUGAUAUUGUAUCUGUGUUAUCAUGCAGGUGGCAGCCAGCCCAUCCUGGGUGCCAACUUACCCACUAAACAAGUGAGGUGAUCAAUUUAUACUGGACAGGACCACUGAAACAAAAGUGUCACUGAAGCAACAUUGUACUAUAUACUGUAUACAGUAUGGUACAGUAUUAAAAAAAACUUUGAAAGCAGUAAACGAACUUUAAUAUUUUCAUAAUUAUAAUCCCAAGUGCAAUCUUCAGUUGCAAAAUAUAGAGCAACACCAACAAAAUAUAAUUCCCUGUAUACCGGAUGUGUUUGAAGAUGUGUUGAAAAGAAACAACAAUAAAUCUACAGUCUACUAAGAGUUGUGCUUCAUUUGGUUCCACAAUUUUAUCAAAGAUUUGAUCUCAACUUGUGAUCCCAGAAAUCAUAAUUGACCACGACACUAACUGUACCAGAGCUCAGCGAUGAAUCCCCAAAGACUUUUAAUAUAAGGAGGCCACAUGGACCCUCAUAAGAGAACAACAAAAAUAAGAACACAACAAGCCAAACUACAGAAAAAUUUUAGCAGAAAUAUUUAUACACAUCUGUUUUGUUUGUGUAUAUCAGCCCCAGCAUUUGCAUCAACUGAAAAUUAUUCCUUCAGUAUAUGACACCUACAGUAUAAGGAGCAUGGAGCACCUUGAAGUGAUGCCCGUCAGUACUCGUGUGGUAUGUCUCAAUGCCCCACAUCUCAAGUCUCUGUGUGUGUUUGAGGCUCUUUCUCGUACCUUGGGAUGCUACUACAACCAUCAUCGCUCACAGAUUGUGUCUUGCCAAGGUAUGGUGCGACUUCCAGCACCGAGGAUCAUGCGUAUACGUGGCCACGCAUCCCAUACCCAUACCCCUGGUGAAACACCCACCAAACACACCACUCUACAGAUGGGGACGUACCUCGUGUUUUACCUCACGCACUGGACGCACAUAAGGGAAUGCAACCUGGUACUCAACGGUAUAGAAAAAGUCCCACGUACAAAUGUUCCGCCGAGGAUCAUACUUGAACGUAUCCACAGCCCGGACAGCACAGAGUCACCACCAUCACACAAAGAUGAGACCCAAACAAACGGCGAUACAAGGGAAGGAUUUAGCCUAACAAGGGUAAACACACUACCUCUGCCCGACCAUAGCAACAUAGCCGAAGCCAAUAAUCCCACCAGCCUUCCCGCAUCACCCAAAAAUUACGUCAGGAGGGACCCCAGUCGUAGCAUUAACCAAGAAAGUCAAGGAUGCCUACAAGUCAACAACAAAAUAGAGACAGCACAAAAACAGAAGAGAGAAAAUAUACAAAAGAAUGAACCAGAGAGACAAAUGGCACAGAAGGAGGUGGAGAAGACACAUAAUCACAUUACCCUCAAUAUGGACGAGACGGAGGAAAUCACAACGCUACUGGAUGAGGACGAGGAUGAAUACACUUCCGAUACAUCUGAUGAUCUCCACAAGGUGGUGAGGAAACGGCUGUCAGUGGACAUCACGCCGCUCCUCAACCCUCACCCUAAGGACAAACUUCUCGUCCUUCUUCUAAGACCAGCCGAGGAGACACAAGCUUGGCAGUUCCUAUCAUCAUGCUUGAAGAUAACUCACUCUAGCAGCAGGACCAUGGUGGUGGAUGGCUCUGGCACUAUCAAGAAGGCUCUCACCAGGACCAAGCCUCUCUACUUCUCUAAGAAUGGAAAUGUGCACAGAAUCUAAUCACAGCCUACACAAAUUACUACAAUGAUCCUCCACACUCAUUAAAAUAUGUACCUGAAACAA